UAACGGGAAGCAACGCGCGGCUGGGGACUUGGAAGAAUCUACCGCACCUCACCUCCUGACCAUCAAGAAAUCACACCUAUAUUCAGCUAUAUCACUAUCACAUCGUUUUGUUAACACAUUGUGACGUUCCUUGGGUGCAGUUACCUUAUUCUCUAAGAGACACUAACGACGAUUUUUGGGUGGUGAGUCCAACGACAACAAAUCCACUACUAAUCUAUAAUAAUACCGUUGAGAAUUUUUCUGAUAGUGAAGUUAUACCUUGAAAGUGAUCACAACUAUUGAAAAAUCAUCAUGGCCUAAGCUAGAGAAAAAUAUCAAGUACCUUUUUUAUGUUGGUGGUUUUUUGUUUUAUUCCUGCUAUGUUUGAAAGUUUUGAUAGUUUUACAAUAAAUAAGAACCGAAUAUUCUAGUAAACGCGAGUGACUUUAAUCAUUUUUUAAUCAUCAUUUUCUUCAAACGGAUGCGAAUAUCUUACUUAUUUUUUAUUUACUGCGUAGUUAAGUUGAAAACUUAGCAUCAAUUGGUACUGAAGUGUCAUCAAGAUCCAAGUGAUUGGCUAAUUAAAGUGCGGGUUAUCAACAUAUCAAUAAGAUCAUUGACUGAAUUUGUUGAUGAUAGACUGAGCUAGUGAAGUUAGUGAUAAAUGAAGAUAUUGAAGAGAUUAAAAUAAUCAAGCAAGAAACGAUUGAUCUUCUGAUUGGGUUGGGGUUGAUUGAUAUCAAAGAAAAAGCAAAAGCAAGAUCUAGAACAGCAAGUAAAGUAGUGGCUCAACGGCUUCAACACGCGGUCCGACGAGUGGAGUGGUCUCCUGCCCAGCUCCACAAUCGUGGGUGCUGGGGGGUCACCAUGGUUGGGUCUAGGUGCAACCGGAGGUGGCGCGGGUGCAACUACUGGGGGUGGCAGUCCUGUCGAGAUAGAAGGACAUUGGGGAAGAAAAUUGUAUGGAGCUAGUGUACCACCGCCACCACCACCACCACAUCAUCAUUCGCGAGCACCGCUUGUGUUUGCACCUCAGGACAUGAGACAAAUCCUCAAGGAAGAACCUGUACCACGUGCUUGGCCUCAACCUGCUGCUCUCACUGAUAACACCACGGUUGGUGUUGGAAGGGCGCACUUUGAGAAACAACCACCAAGUAAUUUGAGGAAGAGUAAUUUUUUUCAUUUUGUUAUUGCACUUUAUGAUCGGGGUGGACAGCCAAUUGAAAUUGAGAGGACUGCUUUCAUUGGAUUUGUUGAAAAAGACCAGGAAUCAGAAGGUCAAAAGACCAACAAUGGAAUCCAAUACAGACUCCAAUUACUCUACGCCAAUGGUCACAGACAAGAGCAGGACAUCUACGUGAGGCUGAUCGACUCCUCAACAAAGCAGGCGAUUAUGUACGAAGGACAAGACAAAAAUCCAGAAAUGUGUCGAGUCCUGUUGACCCACGAAGUCAUGUGCAGUCGAUGCUGUGAUAAGAAGAGUUGUGGUAACCGGAACGAAACUCCAAGUGAUCCAGUGAUAAUUGACCGGUUUUUCCUCAAAUUCUUCCUCAAAUGUAACCAGAAUUGUUUAAAAAAUGCUGGCAAUCCACGAGACAUGCGAAGAUUUCAAGUAAUAAUUUCAACUCAAGUUGGAGUAGAUGGUCCCCUUCUAGCAGUUUCUGAUAACAUGUUUGUUCAUAAUAACAGCAAACAUGGCCGCAGGGCUAAACGAUUGGAUCCAAGUGACCACGGUGAAUACAACAGUUUGUAUCCUGCAUUACCAUUACAAACUCCUUGCAUAAAAGCGAUAUCACCUAGUGAAGGUUGGACCUCUGGUGGAUCCACCGUCAUUAUCAUUGGAGAGCAUUUUUUUGAUGGACUCCAGGUUGUCUUUGGAUCUAUGCCAGUUUGGAGUGAAUUGAUCACAGAUCAUGCAAUAAAAGUUCAAACACCUCCUAGACAAGCACCUGGAGUAGUUGAAGUCACGUUGUCAUAUAAAACCAAACAAUUUUGCCGAGGAUCACCUGGAAGAUUUGUUUAUGUUUCUAUGAAUGAACCAACGAUUGCUUAUGGUUUUGAUCGGCUACAAAAAUUGGUUCCCCGGCAUCCGGGUGAUCCAGAGAAGCUGUCGAAGGAGAUAAUUUUAAAAAGAGCAGCAGACUUAGCAGAAAUAUUGUACAGUAUGCCUAGGACAGGUAACUCAUCAUUGACUCCGGGUGCUCCAAGAAGUCCUACUGGUUCGAGUCAUCCACCAGCACCACCAACAUCCACUUCCAAUACAGCUUUCAACUCUUACACAGGUCAAUUAGCUGUUACUGUUCAGGAGAAUGGCGGUGGAGGAGGAGGAGGAGGUGGUGGUGGCGGUGGUGGCAGUACAGUCAAAUGGACAGAUGACGGAAACUCUGUGAGUACGGGAACCAGUGCAGCUAAUAGUGGUGGUGGUGGUGAUGGUGGUGGUGGUAAAGGUACCAACAACAAUGUAGCAGGUGGUGGUAGCAGUGUCGAUGCUUAUAGACAAACCAGUAGUGUUAGUCCAAGAUGUACUAGUAUUAUGACUAGCAAUGGCAGUUCUGUUGGAUACUGUACUAGUUCUGCCAGCACACCUCUCAGCUGUCACAGUAGCACUGGUGGUAGUGCUGGAAGUUACUCUUCUGCAGUCACAAAUCCCUAUACUGCUGCGAGCCCAACUUUUUAUACUUCUCCGCAUGAACAAUACGGAAUAUUUUAUUCAUCGGGAGAUGGGAGUGCGUUUGCUCCUGUAAUUCGUAGUGGACCACCACCAACAACCUCGGUCAUUUCUGCAUCACCACAUUGGUCCACACAGCAUAGCCUUGCAACAGCUGCGCAGUAACUUUUCAUGCUGUUUUUUUACAUCAUCAUACCCAUCAUCAUUAUCAUCACCAUCAUUUCAUACUACAAGACUAGGUGAUAUGGUUGGUACUACGAUGACAUCAUUUAACAUGAAUCCCUUCAUGCUAUCUACUUGUAAUCAUCAAGGAUACUCAACUGGCACUGCUGCAAGUUCUCUGUUGACUUCCUCUAUCAAAUAAUUCCCUGAACAUUUAACCUUCUCUACCACCAACACUUGGCAUCCACUGUGUUUGUUUUAAAGACAAAUUUUUAUUAAUUCGAGAUAGAAAAUUCAUCGAUUUGUUUAUAAUAUAAAUAGUGAAGAAUUAUUAUUGUGAGAUUAAGGUCUCUGACUAGACAAGGUAUACAUAUGUAUAUAAAAUCCAGUCAUGUAGGAUGUAUAGAAGUGUGAUUAUAACGUAAUUUACUUUUUCAAGUAAUUAUCUUAUACAA